AGGUGCUCUAACCUUCAGGGUGUUUUCAUGGCACUGGUGGAGUACGGUAGGGGUGGUCGUUGAAACUGCAUCUUUAUUUCGGAAGACAAGGACAGUAUGGGUUGGAGGAAGUUGGUGGAGGUCUUGAAGGAGGCUGGGCGUGGUGGUCUCUAUGGGUCGGUGAUGACGACAACUCCACCUUCGUACUUGGAGGCUCUAAAAAAUCCGAGGGUUUUGGACCCGUCACGUCAACUUGUCGUAUUGGGAGGUGCAGCGCCGCUGCAACAGUCUGGAAGCGCUGUUGUUCCUGUAGUGAUGCAAAGCUUUGAGGGUGGUGGCAGAGGGGGUGUCGGUCUAAAUAAGGAAGUCAUCCUUCGGGCUUUGAUGGAUAUGCAGAGACAAGUUGAUGAUUUGCAGUCUAAUUUAAAUGUUUUAAAAUGGUGCAUUCAAGAGGAUAAAGAGGAGGGGGCGUGGGUCUGGGUGACGAGGGGGAUAUUGGCAGAACGGAAAGGGCUAAGGUCCUUGGGCCAGUGGGCCAGGAACCGUUGGGGCCCAGACGCAACCUGCAGGUAGUAGGCAAGGAAAAAAUUGGGCUUGGCCCAGGCGUUGGGCCUUAGCAAACACAGCAUACGGGCCCUGUUUGGAGGAGACGUCUCCCGUCUACCUCUGGUUUGUCGACGGAUGGGCCUCAGCCACCCUUGCUGAUGAAGAGCCAGGUGGUCCCGGCGAAGACGGCAACACCAUCGGCAGAGGCUAAGCGGCUGGAAUUUGGUCUGGUUGAGAAACAAGGCAGGAAAUCUACUGACCUAGGUCAGUUUCAAUGCACGGUGAGGGACGACGGUGUUUUGGCGACAACAACAUCGUCGGCGGCUCCUUUGUCUUUGGCAGAGGCUCCGAAUCUUAAGUCCUCUCUCUGUGUAGAGACACCUGUGAUGGAGGGGUUCCCAGGAAACUUUCGGGGCGAUAACUAGGUGGAGAUGGUGGAGUUCCCGCCACCGAGCGCCGCUGCUGUAGAUUCUUAUAGCCCGAAAUUGUCGAUGAACUCGUUGGGAGGUUCAUCUCCCCUGCUGGAGGUCCAAGUGCAACUCGAGGAUCAUCUCGAGUCUAUAGGGUACACCGACAGUGCCGAAGCCCCAACUCUAGGGGCAGAGGGAGUAGGGAUGGAGGUGACUGAUGUUGGGCUCCUUGGCAGUGAGAUAUUGAUCGUCCCUGAGACUCAAUUUUCCUCUAGUGAUGUUGUGGUUGAAUGGGAGGGUAAGAAAUUAUUUGGGGAGGAAGAAAGGGGAGUGACACCCACUCUGCAGUGGGCUUCUAGUGAAGGGGAACGUAUCCCAUUGAAUCGUUUACUACCAAAUGAGUUGACUACAUCGGAUUGGAUACUACAGAAGAUGAAAGAUCUACAACACUUGAUAGGUAUGGACUGUGUGGGUUAUGAAGAGCAGUGUUUGGUGUUACUUAUUGCCAUUGAAGCGGGUCACGCAUAGUCCAUGAAAUCACGGUCGAAAAAACAGCGGAAACUCAAGCGCCUCACUUGGUCCUUGAAUUAUGAAGGAAGCUUAAGCCACGAAAGAUCCAAAGGGAAGGGGCUUGCUUCUCCUUUAUGAAGUAAAAACUUGUAUCUUGGAACGUCCGGGGGUUAAAUGAGGCAAGUAAGCGACUUCAUAUAAAAAACUUGCUGUGAGAGUAGAGGGCGGACAUAGUAUGUUU